UAGGGGGGUUAGACAGGGCCAUCUGCCAAAGAACUGAGGAGUCUUUGUUCCUUUCAGGCGUUUCAUGAUCGGACUGUUCUGGUGCUUCUUUCACAAUGAAAGACUUGCUGUGAGUACACAAAGUGUGCGUUCACGGCAACAACUUUUGCAACUUUUUCUUUUGCUACGCAGAUGAGGAUGAACCUGCACAAUGAAGUCAUUAUUCAAUUCCAGCAACAUAACUGAAGCAGGAGAAGCUGAAGAUCCUGUUCUUCUUCCCUCCUAACCUGCAUCCCCUCAGUCACCUCUCCUCUCUGAGUCUUCCUGCACAUCCUGUCUCGGGCUCGGCCGCCUCCACCGAAGUUCAAGGAUGCAGGUAUCCAUCGCUUGCACGGACCACAACUUGAAGCGGGGGAAUGGCGACCACAGCAAGCAGAGCACCACCAGCCCAAACGUGGUCAACCAAGCCCGGGCCAAGUUCCGCACCGUGGCCAUCAUCGCUCGCAGCUUUGGCUCAUUCACUCCCCGACACAUCUCACUCAAGGAGUCAACGGGGAAACACACAGGCAUGAAGUACAGAAACCUUGGAAAAUCAGGACUCAGAGUAUCUUGCUUAGGAUUAGGUACGUGGGUGACAUUUGGGGGACAAAUAACAGACGAGGUUGCAGAGCAGCUAAUGACGAUUGCCUAUGAGAACGGAGUGAACCUGUUUGACACAGCCGAGGUCUAUGCAGGCGGCAGGGCAGAAAUCAUUCUAGGAAACAUUAUCAAGAAGAAAUGCUGGAGGCGAUCUAGUUUGGUCAUUACAACUAAACUCUACUGGGGAGGAAAAGCAGAGACGGAGCGGGGACUGUCAAGGAAACACAUUAUAGAAGGUCUGAAGGGCUCGUUACAAAGGAUGCAGCUGGAAUACGUUGAUGUUGUGUUUGCCAACCGACCAGACAGCAACACACCAAUGGAGGAGAUUGUCCGGGCUAUGACAUAUGUCAUCAACCAAGGCAUGUCGAUGUACUGGGGAACAUCUCGGUGGACCACCCUGGAGAUCAUGGAGGCGUAUUCGGUGGCAAGACAGUUUAAUCUGAUUCCUCCCGUGUGCGAGCAGGCAGAGUAUCAUCUGUUUCAGAGGGAGAAAGUAGAAGUCCAGCUGCCUGAACUUUAUCAUAAGAUUGGAGUUGGGGCGAUGACGUGGUCGCCACUGGCUUGCGGCGUCAUCACGGGAAAGUAUGAAAAUGGCAUUCCUGAAUCUUCCAGGGCCUCCAUGAAGUCGUACCAGUGGUUGAAGGAGAAAAUAGUCAGCGAGGAUGGAAGGAAGCAGCAGGCCAAGCUAAAGGAGCUGCACCACAUCGCUGAGAAGCUGGGCUGCACCCUGCCCCAGCUGGCUGUGGCUUGGUGUCUGAGGAAUGAAGGGGUCAGUUCAGUCCUCCUGGGAACAUCCAACCCUGAACAGCUGACAGAGAAUCUAGGGGCCAUACAGGUCCUUCCUAAGAUGACGUCUCAUGUUGUGUCUGAAAUUGACCACAUUCUCGGCAACAGACCGUACAGUAAGAAAGACUACCGCUCUUAGAGCUGGCUGGUGGACCUCCAGGAGGUCAGCUGCUCCUACUAACCUUACCGCCACCAUGGAGCACAGUUCAACGUUAAAAUCCACGGUUCUGUCCUUGGGCCGUGCUUAGCUCCAGCCUGGAUCUGACAGCCUUGCUCGCCUUCGUCUGUUUGAGACUCGUCCUGUUCAAAUCUGCUCUACCAGGUUCAUCUCAGGUCAAACUCAGCCACAAACCGCUCAACAAAACUUGUCUUUUUUCAGCCUUUGACACAACUCUGUCUAUUUGAGUACAGUGAGACUUCAAGCUACUCAA